CAAGCUCCAGGAACGAGACGGUAUCAUCAAUGGCGGGACUUUCUAUACCGGAUUAAUUCUUUGUACUCUUUCGGUAAAAUUUAUUGUUACUUAUUCAAGAGUUAUACAAUAUCUAAUCUUUUGAAGAUCAUGCAGGACCUAUUAUGGACAAACUAA